AUGGAGGUUGACCAGCCCAGCGACAGCAAACUCACCACCUUUACGCCUGCGACUCGAAUUGCAGAAUUGAAUGAGAUCGACCGAUCUAUCUCUACCCUUCUGUCUGCGGCCUCCGAUGCUGUUGGCAUUUUAUCGAACUCGCCUAAUUCUGGAAAGCAGGAAACGGCUCUACGCUCAUCGGUCAACGCCCGGGAAGCAUUUUCAGCAGCGGCCGAGUCCUACUUCUCUACCCUUUCCUCGAUCGAAGUCCGACUUCGACGUCAAGUCUAUGCUUUGGAAGAGGCCGACCUAAUCCGAUCCGGGGAUGACAGAGAUACAAGAAGAGGCCGAGCCACGGGUGGAGACAGUAACUUGACCAGAGUGGGCGGUGGUCCUCUCGACCCUAGUUGGCUCAAUGCCCGGGCGAGUGACGCCGUGGAAUUGGGAAUGAAACAAGAGCUUCUGACGCAGGCGAAAGAAUUCAUGAAACAAGCAGAAAGAGAAGAGCGUAACAGUGGCCAGGACACCGUCAACGAAAAAUCCCUCAGUUGA